AUGAGACCGUCCUUGCUUUCUCUUAGAGCCACCAGAGGUCCGGUGACCGUUCCGAGACCAUCAUCGUGGCUCAGCCGUUCGUUCACCAGCCGAAGUCAACUUGCUGCCAACCGCGCAGGCGCCCGCGCCAUACGAUUAUCGUCCCGCAUUAAUAGAAUUCAGCCAGCCUCUUCUCUCCUUCGAUCAUCCUCGAUUUUCACACUCCCUCGCCUGAAUUAUUCCUACAAUAUGUGCAGAAACAUGGCCGAUACUCCGGGGAGCGCUGCCAAUGCGCAGGGGAGGAUCGUCCUCCCCACCAAUGUCGUUCCUAAACACUACGAUGUGUCUCUUGAGCCUGACUUCGAUAAAUUCACCUUUGAAGGCAAAGUUGUCAUUGAUCUCGAGGUGGCUAAGGACAGCAACUUCAUCUCCCUCAACACACUUGACCUGAAGAUCCAUUCUACCUCGGUGCACGCCGACGGUGCUCUUGUGACCGACAGCCCCACCCUUUCCUACGAUGCAGACACUCAGACCACGACAAUCGAUUUGGGCAAGGAUCUCAAGAAAGGCCAAAAGGUUCAGCUAGUCCACACCUACACUGGCGAGCUCAACGACAAGAUGGCUGGGUUCUACCGCUCCAAGAGGAAGGAUGGCAAAUAUCUGGCGGUCACACAAUUUGAAGCCACUGAUGCGAGACGUGCCCUACCGUGCUUUGAUGAGCCUGCUCUCAAGGCCGAAUUCACAGUCACGCUCGUCGCCGAUAAGAGCCUGACCUGUUUGUCCAACAUGGAUGAAUCCUCCACCACUGAGGUCGAUUCAAAGACGGGUGGAGGCAAGAAGAAGGCUGUCAAGUUCAAUCGAUCCCCACGCAUGUCAACCUACUUGCUUGCUUUCAUCGUCGGUGAGCUCAAGUCGAUCUCGACUGAUAAGUUCCGCCUUCCUAUCAAAGUCUGGAUGACACCUGAUCAGAAGGGCGAGGAUGGUAGCUUCUCGCUUGAGGUUGCUGCCAAGACUCUCGCAUUUUACGAGAAGGCAUUCCAAGCCCCGUAUCCUCUACCUAAGAUGGAUAUGGUGGCCAUUCCAGACUUUGCCGCUGGUGCCAUGGAAAACUGGGGCUUGGUCACCUACCGGGUUGUCGAUCUGCUUUUCGAUCAGAAAACCUCUGGCGCUGCCACACGUGAAAGAGUGGCUGAAGUCGUACAGCACGAGCUGGCCCAUCAAUGGUUUGGGAAUCUUGUGACCAUGGAUUUCUGGGAUGGCUUGUGGCUGAACGAAGGCUUCGCCACCUGGAUGUCAUGGUAUUCUUGCAACGAAUUCUAUCCUGAAUGGAAGGUGUGGGAGACUUUCGUCAUCGACACGCUCCAGGGUGCGCUAGGUCUGGACGGCCUACGCAGUUCUCACCCCGUCGAAGUGCCUGUCCAUCGCGCUGAAGAUAUCAACCAGAUCUUUGACAGCAUCUCCUACUCGAAAGGCUCUGCUGUUCUACGCAUGAUUUCGAAGUAUAUUGGCGAGGAAACCUUCAUUGAAGGCGUUCGCCGUUACAUCAAGAAGCAUGCUUGGGGCAACACUCAAACUGGCGAUCUUUGGGCGGCUCUCAGCGAGGCCAGUGGGAAGGACAUUCCCAAGGUGAUGGACAUCUGGACCAAGAAGAUUGGCUACCCUGUCAUUACCGUCACUGAGAAUCCUUCCGACUCAAGUAUUACGCUCAAGCAGAACCGUUUUCUUAGAACUGGGGACGUGAAACCUGAGGAAGACGAAGUCCUCUAUCCUGUCAUUCUUGGCCUGAAGACCAAGGAUGGAGUCAAUGAAGAGCUCAUGCUCACAGAGCGCGAGCAGACCUUCAAGAUCCCGGGUGGCCUAGACUUCUACAAGAUCAACACUGACCACUCUUCUCUAUUCCGCACCAAUUACACUCCCGAACGCCUGACUAAGCUCGGCGAAGCCGCCCAAGCCGGAAAGCUUUCCACUGAAGACCGUGCUGGAAUGAUUGCAGAUGCAGGCGUGCUUGCUUCCUCUGGCUACGGCAAGACAUCCGGCAUUCUGGCUCUUUUGGAGUCCUUCAACACUGAAACACAGUUCGUUGUAUGGAACGAAAUUAUCACUCGUGUUAAUGCCGUGAGAAGCACCUGGGUCUUCGAGGAUGAGUCCGUGAAGGAUGCUCUCAAAGCUUUCCAGCUGUCUCUAUGUUCCGCCAAAGCUCACGAACUUGGCUGGGAAUUUUCCGACAAUGAAGACCAUAUCUUGAGCCAAUUCAAGGCUUUGAUGUUUGGCUCAGCUGGUCUUGCGGGUGAUAAGAAGAUUCUCGCUGCCGCCCGAGAGAUGUUUGACAAGUUCAAGAAGGGCGACACUACAGCUGUGCAUCCCAAUUUGCGUGGCAGUGUUUUCGCCAUGUGUGUGAGGGACGGUGACGAGAGUGACUGGCAAGCACUUCUGGAUCGUUCUCACAGCGCGCCCACUGCGGACGAGCGUAACACGUGCCUUCGAACUCUUGGUAGAGCCAAGGAUGAGAAGCUUAUCCAGAAAACCCUUGAUCUUGCUCUGUCCGGCGAAGUCAAGAUGCAGGAUAUCUAUAUGCCUAUUGGUGGUCUAUCGUCCACUUCAAAGGGCAUCGAAGCUCGCUUCGAAUGGAUGAAAGCUAAUUGGGGCAAGCUCGUUGAGGCUCUACCGCCUAGCAUGACGAUGCUAAGCUCCGUGGUGGCAAUCUGUGUUGGUGGCUUCACCAGCGAGUUGCAGAAGAAGCGAGUCGCGGACUUCUUUGCCGAUAAGGACAAGAAGGGCUUCGAUCGCAGCCUUGAGCAGAGCUUCGAUAGCAUUCAGGCGAAGAGUGGCUGGCUCAGCAGAGACCGUGGAGACGUGGAAGCUUGGCUUAAGCAGAAGGGCUAUCUUGAGGCCAGCAAGCUGUGA